GACCGCGCUGUGACUCCCUAUGAAUCUUUACAUGGAUGAGAUGGCGACCACCCAGAUUUCCAAAGAUGAGCUGGAUGAACUCAAAGAGGCCUUUGCAAAAGUUGAUCUCAACAGCAAUGGAUUCAUUUGUGACUAUGAACUUCAUGAGCUUUUCAAAGAGGCUAAUAUGCCAUUGCCCGGAUAUAAAGUGAGAGAAAUUAUUCAAAAACUCAUGCUGGAUGGUGACCGAAAUAAAGAUGGAAAGAUAAGCUUUGAUGAAUUUGUUUACAUUUUCCAAGAGGUGAAGAGCAGUGAUAUCGCUAAAACCUUCCGCAAAGCCAUCAACCGGAAGGAAGGGAUCUGUGCUCUGGGAGGAACUUCGGAGUUGUCCAGUGAAGGGACCCAGCAUUCCUACUCAGAGGAAGAAAAAUAUGCUUUCGUUAACUGGAUCAACAAAGCUUUGGAAAACGAUCCCGAUUGUAGACACGUCAUUCCCAUGAAUCCAAAUACUGAUGACCUGUUCAAAGCAGUUGGUGAUGGAAUUGUGCUCUGCAAAAUGAUCAACCUUUCAGUUCCUGAUACAAUUGAUGAGAGAGCAAUCAAUAAGAAGAAGCUUACACCCUUCAUCAUUCAGGAAAACUUGAACUUGGCACUGAACUCUGCUUCUGCCAUUGGGUGUCAUGUUGUGAACAUUGGUGCAGAAGAUCUGCGGGCCGGGAAACCUCAUCUGGUUUUGGGACUGCUCUGGCAGAUUAUUAAGAUUGGCUUGUUUGCUGACAUUGAAUUAAGCAGGAAUGAAGCACUGGCCGCUUUGCUUCGAGAUAGUGAGACUCUGGAGGAGCUCAUGAAACUGUCUCCAGAAGAGCUUCUGCUGAGAUGGGCCAACUUCCAUCUGGAAAACUCAGGCUGGCAAAAGAUCAACAACUUCAGUGCUGACAUCAAGGAUUCUAAAGCCUAUUUCCAUCUGCUCAAUCAAAUUGCACCAAAAGGACAGGAGGAAGGGGAACCACGGAUAGAUAUUAACAUGUCAGGUUUCAAUGAAACAGAUGAUUUAAAGAGAGCCGAAAGUAUGCUUCAACAAGCAGAUAAAUUAGGUUGCAGACAGUUCGUUACCCCGGCUGAUGUUGUCAGUGGAAACCCCAAACUGAAUUUGGCCUUUGUUGCUAACCUCUUUAAUAAAUAUCCAGCACUAACUAAACCUGAGAACCAGGAUAUUGACUGGACUCUGCUAGAAGAGGCUGUCUCCUUGAGCUGUGCUGUAGGUACAGAGCAGGCUCCCAGGCCUGUCAGGAAAACGCCCACUGCCCCAGAAGCUUUUGACCUGCAGGAUGCCCUGGUGAUCUUACAGCUAUAUGAGAGAAUUAAAGUUCCUGUGGACUGGAGUAAAGUUAACAAGCCUCCAUACCCAAAGCUGGGGGCCAACAUGAAGAAGUUAGAAAACUGCAACUAUGCAGUUGAACUAGGGAAGAAUCCAGCUAAAUUCUCCUUGGUUGGCAUUGGAGGACAAGACUUGAAUGAUGGGAACCCUACCUUGACUUUGGCUUUAGUCUGGCAGCUGAUGAGAAGGUAUUGUGCACAGUUUUGGCUAUGGAAGCUUCGCAGUACCAUGCGUAUAUGAAUUCCCCCUUUGUAUCUUUCACUGCUUAAAGUAAUCAUUUAGUUCAGUGAAUACACUUCAGAGCUCAGGGUACUUAGGCUCUGAAAUGAGUUUGCUAUGAGUGUAUGGUGCAUCUUCACUGUUUCCUCGUGAGUUACCUGGAGCUGUA